CCUCAUUGGUGCUGAAAGAUCAAAACAACCACCAAGAUGACGACUAAACCCCUUCUCCUGGCUGCUUUGGCUCUCUGCUGCUGCAUCGCCACUCUGCAUGCUUCUCCCAGGCAGUGGUGUCGCUGCAUACGGACGACCUCUUCUCCCAUUAACAGGCGUGUCAUCCAGAAAAUUGAAGUGAUUCCUAUUUCAGGACAAUGUCGCCAGACUGAAAUCAUAGUCACCAAGAAAAAUGGCUCUAAAGUUUGUGUCAAACCAAAUGAGAAGUGGAUCAACGUCCUGCUCACCGAAUUGCAAACGUUGGGCUGUAUCAAAGGAAGGGCUUCCUCUUGUGUUGGUCGUCAGUUAUUGCGAUAAUGCAGGAAUUUGAUCUCCAGCUCAACCACCACGUCACCCACUGCUUCCACAAUCAACUUCUGAUCACAUUUAGUAACAUUUGACAUAGCAAUGGCUUCAUUUAAGUUUAGCAAGCUGUGAAUUAACUGUAGGAGUCCAGUUUUAUAAACAAUCUUUGUAAUUCAAAUGUUAUACUAUUUAACACCUUGUGUAACACCACAGUUUUCUUGAAUCUUUGUGGUGCUAUCAUUUUGGAAAAAAUGCUAAUAAUUACACAAUAGUUGUCCUAGUACAAUUAUUACAACAAUUAAACUAUACUGUGUUAGAUGUAUGAUGUGUUAUUGGAGAAUUCAUUAAGCAAGCAAAAUAAACAAAACAUUAUUGCUGUACAGAACCUUUUAAAUGUGUUUAUGUUGACAUUUCAUUGUCAGAAACCACAAAUAUGUACUGUGAAGUAAAAUCUGUGAUUGUUUUAAGUUACUAAUCACACAAUAAGUAAAUGUUUUCCUGUAAAUGUGACUAAAUAAUGUAAAUGAAAUCCUGCUGUCCACAUUGUAUUUUGAUUAAAUUUUGGAUGGUAUGGAAACCCA